UGUGGCAUCCUAUGGACGGGUUCUUGACUGACGCUCGUUAUAAUAGGCCCGUCCUGCGAAACGCGAUAGCAGGCUGUUGUUCGCGGGUUAGGACAAUAGGCUUGUAAACAGCCACGCCUCAGCGCUGCAGUAUAUAAGUGGUCAAAUCCUUCUGGUGAGAAACGCAGUUCAUCCAGAAAGAUGGACCCCAUCAAUGCUAUCGCUACAACUCUCGGGGCCCUGAGCCAAGUAAUUUAUUGCAUCUGGAGCUGUUCAAGCAGCUACAAGAUCAAUCGGGAAGAAGUCAAAGCUUUCACCCGACAUGCAGAAGACAUGAUAAAUUUCCUUGAGGAGGCGGAGCGGAAAAUCGGGGGAGGCAGGUCGCUUCCGGACGACGCCAUGCUGAGGAUCUCCAAGUUCAUCAAGUCAGUCACUCAUUCGCCGAGUCUCGGUCAUAGCUACUAAUAUCCCCGUAGCAAGGUCACUGAGCUGCAGAAGACCGUAGAUACCCUGUCCAAGAGAUCUAAGGUUUAUCGCUUUCUAAUGCACAACAGCGUCUCACGUCAGAUCGAAGGCUUAUAUGAAGAAAUGAAUCGAAUUAUGCGGGACUUUGGUGUAUG